AUGUCCGCCGCUGAUAGACUAAAUCAAACUUCCGAGAUUCUUAACGAAUCUUUCCAACCUGUUGAAAACCCUUUCAAAGUUACCGUUAUCGGUUCUGGUAACUGGGGUACCACGAUCUCCAAGGUUGUGGCUGAGAACACCGCGCUAAGACCUCACUUGUUCGUGCGUCGCGUCGACAUGUGGGUUUUCGAGGAGAUGAUUGACGGCCAAAAAUUGACCGAAAUUAUCAACACCAAGCACGAAAACGUCAAGUAUCUGCCAGGUAUCGAGCUUCCAGACAACUUGGUGGCCAACCCUGACCUCGUGGGCGCCGCCAAAGACGCAGACAUCCUUGUUUUCAACGUUCCUCACCAGUUUUUGCCUCGCAUCGUCUCCCAACUACAGGGCCACAUCAAGAAGGACGCCAGAGCCAUUUCAUGUCUAAAGGGUUUCGACGUCGACAAGGACGGUGUCAGACUCUUGUCCACCUACGUCGAGGAGAAGUUGGGCAUCGCCUGUGGUGCCUUGUCCGGUGCCAACCUAGCUCCUGAGGUCGCCAAGGAGAACUGGUCCGAGACCACCGUUGCCUACAAGCUGCCAAAGGACUUCAAGGGCCAAGGUAAGGACGUGGACCACGCCGUCUUGAAGGCGCUAUUCCACAGACCAUACUUCCACGUCAACGUUAUUGACGACGUUGCCGGUGUUUCUGUUGCCGGUGCUUUGAAGAACGUGGUUGCCCUAGGUUGUGGUUUCGUGGAAGGUCUAGGCUGGGGUAACAACGCCUCUGCUGCCAUCCAAAGAGUCGGUUUGGGUGAAAUCAUCAAGUUCGGCCAAAUGUUCUUCCCACAUUCCAAGGUCGAAACCUACUACCAAGAAUCUGCCGGUGUUGCUGACUUGAUCACCACCUGUUCCGGUGGUAGAAACGUCAGAGUCGCUACCCACAUGGCCCAGACCGGCAAGACCGCCGAGGAGUCCGAGAAGGAGUUGUUGAACGGUCAAUCCGCUCAAGGUAUCCACACCUGUAAAGAGGUCCACGAAUGGUUGGCCAGCUGUGGCAAGACCGACGAGUUCCCUCUAUUCGAAGCCGUCUACCAAAUUGUCUACGAAGGUGCUUCCAUGGAGACUCUACCCGACAUGAUCGAGGACUUGGAAGGUGUCAACAUCCCUGUCGCCAAGCAUGCCAACAAAUAA